AGCUCGAAAACAUGUCUUAAUUGACAGUUUCACUUCUUCCUUCAUGCAGGCAUUGUUAUUUGUGCAUUCUUAUUUUCUUUCAAAAACAGACGUCAAAGCCGAAAAUAGUGAUACAUUAUAGGUUUUAUUAAAUCAAGAUAAUUAAAAAACAACCGUCAAGUACUCAAACUACCGUCAAUCACACUACCCUCAGUGAAAAUUUAGCAAAUGUUUUUUUCUUUCUAUAUGUAAAUGCUAUAAUAAAUGUAUAUAAUUUUAUAAUAGCAGAUAGACUAUGUAUGUGUGUUGCGUCGCAAACUAUCGAUGACUGGUCGUUCUCGGUAGUUUUAUUUCCUCUCUCGUAGAAACACGUUCUCUUGUACAUUCUUUUCUCCUUUUAGAAAAUGAAGACAAAGUCGGACAUAGUGAUAUAAUAUAUGUUUUAUUAAAUUUAAUAAGAUUAUUAAAAAAAAUCGCGCAAUCGUCUACAUGAAUAGUGCUGGAAUAAAAUUAAAUCAAUCUUUUAAGAUUGAGUUAAGAAACAUAAAAAGAAGUUAAUAAUUUGAGUUUAUGUGUAAAUAUUGCAUUUAACAUCUUUCUUUCUUACAUUUAAUAUAAAACAUAAAAUAUGCAUAAAUUUAAUAAAGAAUUUAGUAAUUUUUAAAAAUCCUAAAUCUAUGUGAGGACUGAUGAAUACUGAUAAAUUUGACUGAUUUAAUUAUUUAUUUAUUUUAAAGUAUCUCCUUAUAUGAAACAAUGUGUCAAAAAAAUUUCAUGUUCUUGUGUUACGGAUUUUUUCUUCUCAUCGCUCCAACGAAAUCUCUGCAAAAUUUUACCAACAAUGAGAAGAGAGGUGAUAAUUUGACGAUGCAAUAUGAAGCAGACACUGAUUCCACAACAAUUAAGGAUGAUGAUCAAAUACCGAUAAACUCUCACACCAAUUUGACAUAUGUCAAUUAUAAAGAAAACUCUACGUCUCAGGAAGUUUAUGAAAAUCUGCUUGAAAAGAAUGAUUCCAUGUCGAAAGAAGUCUUUGAAAAUUCCAUUAAGGAUAUUGAACGUAACUUCGUUUCAUACGAAAUGUGCCAUAAUAUUACUUGCAUUCAGUUCUGCUGUCCUCUUGGUACCAGUAUGAUCAAAGGCACCAUAUGCGUUCCAGAUAAAACUAGAUACGAAUUUCCGCAUGUGUACGAAUACGAGAACGAUUCAAUGCAAAACGAGAAUAAAAGAGCGGAUAAAUUGUAUCGGUUUGCCGUUUACGAUCCGUGCUUGGAAACUCAACGUUACUUGGUGGAACGGGGUCAUCAGCACAAUUAUAAGAUUUUUGCCAAUGGAUCUAUUUAUUUACCUUUUUAUAAAAAAUUAUUCAAUUCAAAAUCGUAUUGUAUUGUUCAUUUCUUAAACUGGGGGACCAAGUUCGAAGUGACUGUUUGUUCAGAAACUCAUAAUCAAAUUUACAGGAACUCGAUGAAGCUCCUGCCUGAGCUCCGCUGGAGACUUAAAACAAUAACGAUAUAUGCCAGCAUGUCAUUAGUGUGUUUAUUAUUUUUGUUACCAAUAUUUAUAGUGUAUUCCAUAUUGCCAGAACUCCGAAAUGUACACGGCUUCAUGCUGCGCAAUUACACCUUUGCUGCAUCCAUCGCAAUCACAAUUACGGCACUAAAAUAUAUAUAUUACCAAACAGAAAUGACUUAUUCCGCCUGCAUUACACUUGCAUACUUGAAAUAUUUUUUGCUUAUGUCGAAUUUCUUCUGGCUAAGUACAAUGAGUUUCAAUAUGUGGUGGACAUUCAGGGGAUUUGCUUCGUUACAAAAAAACGUCCGACAAUCUGGAAACAAAAGAUGUGUUGUAUUAUACGAUUUUUGCGUACGGUUGUCCAUUUAUACUUGGUAUUAUUUGUGUCAUUGCCGUGGAUUUUUUUUCCAAUUAUAUACCAAAAAAUUUGAGACCAGAAUUCGAGACAGGAAGUUGCUGGUAUAAUGGUGCCCGUACUGGAGCAUAUGUGCUGUAUUUUUACUGGAUCAAAACUGCAUGUACCAUUAGUAGCGUUUGCUUUUCGAUCUCUGCGGCAAGGAAUAUCAAACGCUACGAACAGGAUACAAACUUUCGUCUGUCAGAUUCGGAAAGCAAGCGAUAUAAUGACGACAAGAAAUGGUUUAAUCUAUAUAAUUUUAUGCAGAUAUAUUUUUGUCAAUAUCUCUUCCGACAACAUCUCAUAUUCGCUUGAUUUGCAUUCCAGACGAAAGAAAGAAAUGGUUUAAUCUAUAUAUGAAGUUAUUUAUCGCGAUGUUUAUCAUAAUGGCCCUGAAUUGGUGUGUGCUUACAAUGACAUGGUUGUUUAACAAUCGUACAUAUUAUUAUUUAUUAUAUGGUGCUGGUUCGUUAGAGAUAGUGCAGAGUUUCUGCACCUUUAUUAUAUUUGUUUGGAAGAAGAAGAUCAAGAUGAUGUUACUGAAACGAUUUGGGUACAAGACGAAUGUAUCGAACACUUAACCAUCAUGUAAAAGAUCAAGGAUCAACGAUCAAUCGCAAUUUAAUAAAAUCUUAUAAUUUAACUAAAGAUAUCUAAGCCUAUAUUAUAUAAUCCUAAGUAUAUAUAAUCCUAUAUUAAUUAGAAAAAAAUCUAAUAACUCUUCUAGAUUAGUAAUUAAUAGGCUGUAACCUCUUAACGACGAAUUUGCUAUCGCUACGAUCGUUGUGCAUCUUUUUGAUACAUGAAAGAUAUAGUAUAUACUCAAAAACACAUUAACGAUAGCAACAUCGCCGUUACGAAUUAUAGAAUCGCAGUCUUGGAUUACUCAAAUUACCGUCAGUGGAAGUGCAGAAAAUGUUUUUUCCUUAUAUAAUAUCUAUAUGUAUAAUUUUAUAAUUGGAGACAGACAGUGUGUGUGUGUGUUUUGCGUUGUAACUAUUGACGACUCGUCAUUCUCGAUAGUUUCAUUUUCCCUCUCGUGGAAACACGUUUCUUGUACAUUCUUCUCUUCUUCUAGAAAAAACAAAGCCGGAUAUAGUGAUAUAAUAUAUGUUUCAUUAAAUUUAGCAAGAUUAUUAAAAACAUCGCGUAAUCGUCUACAUGAAUAGUGCUGGAAUAAAAUCAGAUAAAUCUUUCGAGAUUAAGUUAAAAAACAUAAAAAGAAAAUUAUAAUUUGAGUUUAUUAUAUGUGUAAAUAUUGCAUUUAACAUCGUUUUUUCUUACAAUUAAUAUGAAACAAAAUAUAUACAUAAAUUUAAUAUAGAAUCUUUUAAUUUAAAAAAAUUCUAAAUCUCUAUGUGAGAAUUGAUGAAUACUGAUAAGUUUGACAGAUUUAAUUAUUUAACUAUUCUAAAGUAUAUCAUUAUAUGAAAUAAUGGGUCCAAAAUAUUUCACGCUUUUGUGUUGCGGAUUUUUUCUCCUCAUCACUUCAACAAAAUCUCAGCAAAAUUUUACCAACAAUGAGAAGAGAGGUGAUAAUUUGACAAUGCAAUAUGAAGCAGACACGGAUUCUACAACAAUUUACAGCGACGAAAUAAAAACACUGCGAUAUGAUAUGUAUGAAAACUUUGCCAACAAUGCACAAUACGUUUACAAUCAUGAGGAUGAUGAUCCAAUAUCCAUGAAUUCUCACACCAAUUCGUCAAAUGUUAAUCAUAAGAAAAACGCUACGUCCCAGAAAGUAUAUGAAAAUCUCCUUGAAAAGAAUGAUUCCAUGUCGAAUGAAGUCUUUGAAAAUUCCAUUAAGGAUAUUGAACGUAACUUCGUUCCAUACGAAAUGUGCCAUAAUAUUACUUGCAUUCAGUUCUGCUGUCCUCUUGGAACUAGUAUGAUCGAAAGCACCACAUGCGUUCCAGAUAAAACUAGAUACGAAUUUCCGCAAGUGUACGAAUACGAGAACGAUUCAAUGCAGAACGAGAAUAAAAGAGCGGAUAAAUUGUAUCGGUUUGCCGUUUACGAUCCGUGCUUGGAAACUCAACGUUACUUGGUGGAACGGGGUCAUCAGGACAAUUAUAAGAUUUUUGCCAAUGGAUCUAUUUAUUUAUCUUUUUAUAAAAAAUUAUUCGAUUCGAAAUCAUAUUGUAUUGUGCAUUUCUUAAACAAAGGGACCAAGUUUGAAGUGACUGUUUGUUCAGAAACUCAUAAUGAAAUUUACAGGAACGCGAUGAAGUACCUGCCUGAGCUCCGCUGGAGACAUAGAACAACAACGAUAUAUGCCAGCAUGCUAUUAGUGCGUUUAUUAUUUUUGUUACCAAUAUUUAUAGUGUAUUCCGUAUUGCCAGAACUCCGAAGUGUACACGGCUUUAUGUUGCGCAAUUACACCUUUGCUGCAUCCGUCGCAAUCAUAAUUAAGGCGCUGAAACUAAUAUAUUAUCAAACGGAAAUGACUUAUCCCGCCUGUAUUACACUCGCAUUCUUUCAUUAUAUCUGUUCUAUGUCAUGUUCCUUCUGGUUGUUAACCAUGAGCUUUAAUAUGUGGCGGACAUUCAGGGGAUUCUUCUUGUUACAAAAAAGGAUCCGGAAAUCUGAGAAAAAAAGUUUGCUGUAUUAUGCGAUUUUUGCGUACGGUUGUCCAUUUAUACUUGGUAUUAUUUGUGUCAUUGCCGUGGAUUUUUUUUCCAAUUAUAUACCAAAAAAUUUAAGACCAGAAUUUGAGACAGGAAAUUGCUGGUAUAAUGGUGCCCGUACUGGAGCAUUUUUAUUGUAUUUUUUCUGGAUCCAAACUGCCUGCAUCAUUAGUAGCGUUUGGUUAUCGAUCUCUGCUGCACAGAGCAUCAAACACUACGAAAAGGAUACAAACCUUCAUCUAUCAGAUUCGGAAAGCAAGCAAUAUAAUGAGAAUAAGAAAUGGUUUAAUCUAUAUAUGAAGUUAUUUAUCUUGGUGUUUAUCAUAAUGGCCAUGUAUUGGACUACGCUUAUAAUAGCAUGGUUGUUUGAGAAUCGUAUAUAUUAUUAUUUAUCAUAUGUUACUGCUUCGUUAGAGAUACUGACGAGUUUCUGCACCUUUAUCAUGUUUGUUUGGAAGAAGGAAAUCAAGAUGAUGUUAUUGAAACGAUUCGGGUACGGAACGAUUGCAUCGAGCCCUAUAUAAGAGCAAUAUUUAUGCAAGAAAUAUAUAAGAGUUGUUUAUGCAAGAAAUGUCGAGCUCUUGCGAAAAUAGAAAAUUUUGCGAAAGAUUGUCUGAUAGAAAUGAAUUGUUACAAUAUCUAAAAAAGAGCGGUUUUUCGCAAAUUAUGUAUUAACGGUUAAUCGCAGUUUAAUAUAAUUUUACAAUAUAAUUGAAAUCUAAAGUAACUUUACAGUGCUAUAUUUUGAUUUUUACAUUUCUUCACGGGAUUUAAUUUAAUG